AAAACCACUCGAUGCGAGGAAACAAAGACGCUAUAAAUACCCUUGUGCUUUCUCAACUUGAGUUCUCAGAUUUAUUUUCCCCCAAAUUUUACCGAUUCGUCACCGAUAAGAAAAUCGUUCGCGAUGGCUCGUACCAAGCAAACAGCUCGUAAAUCCACUGGAGGAAAGGCCCCAAGGAAGCAGCUUGCCACCAAGGCUGCUCGUAAGUCUGCUCCAACCACAGGAGGUGUGAAGAAGCCUCACAGAUACAGACCUGGAACUGUUGCUCUUCGUGAAAUACGUAAGUACCAGAAGAGUACUGAACUUUUGAUCAGGAAACUACCAUUCCAGAGGCUUGUUCGUGAAAUUGCUCAAGAUUUCAAGACGGAUUUGCGAUUCCAGAGUCAUGCAGUGUUGGCAUUGCAAGAAGCAGCUGAGGCGUAUUUGGUGGGAUUGUUUGAAGACACAAAUCUGUGUGCAAUUCAUGCCAAGAGGGUGACUAUCAUGCCAAAGGACAUUCAGUUGGCUAGGAGAAUUAGGGGUGAGAGGGCUUGAUUUGGGUGUUAUGAAGUAGUAAUUAGUGUGUGUUUUGUUGGAUUGGAAACUGUGGUUUCUUUGUUUUGUUUGGUAGGAUUGUGGACUUGAUUGUUGGUGGAUUAUGGUAAUGGUUUGAGUAUUUUCUUA